CUUGAAAUUUGUAAAGUGAAUCGUGAAUGAAAGUAGUGUCGUUUGUAAGAUUUUAAAAUUGUGUAUUAUCGGACCGAAAAGGUCUAUCUGGAAGCAAAAUUGCAUGCUUACUUGAUUAUUUAUCACAGCUGCCAUCAAAUUCAGUGAAACUGAUGUAAAGUUUGCACAAAAUGGAUCGAGUUUGGGCGAUAAAAAAUCGCCUUCAGUAAGACGAAAGUUUUUGCUAUUGCAGCACUUCUGCUGCACACAAGUAGCGCUAGCGAAGGCCCCAAUAUAGUAGGAAGGCGAUGAGAAAAAUGGUUUAUUUUUCUUCGUAGAUUGUCACCUAUUAACAUUUCCGGAUUUUUCCAUAGUGCUGUAAGAAUUUAACGUGAAAAAGAACUAGUAUUUGUGAGAAUUGCAAAGUGCACCGGGAAAAAUGGACCUUGGUGAAAGGUCGUCUUUUGUGUAGUUGUAGAAAAAAAGCAAGUGUUUCAGUGCGUAGGAAGGUGAACGUCGAACGCAGCGCGAGAGAAUAUUAUGAAAUGAACCUUCGGCAAUGGGGUCACAAACCUUGGAAAUUCUACGACAAGGCGUACUGGCCAGCUUGACCGGCGGAUGGUUCUACGACGUGCACCAGAAUGUGUUCUGCAAUGCAGUCCAUCUGUACAUCUGGUUGUUCCUGCUGUUCCUGCCUUUCAUCAUCUACAUGUAUUUUCCUACCACGGUGCUGGUAUGGAGCAUCUACUGCGUGUUGAUCGCCAUUAUCAUAAGCUUCUUCAAGUUCAUCAAUGUGGCGCUGCAUCGAAUGUACGACAAGGCACGAACCAUGUCCGACACGAACCUGAAGAAACCGGCGAAACCUGCCCGUGAAGCAUCCGGGGAUGACGAUGCCGGUAUUGAGAUGCAAAUCAUCCGAACGGCCGAAGUGGUGGAAACGCCUCCGGUGGAUAUGUCCUCGCGAACUUCGGUAGAGCGACACAGUGACGAAAUAAGCUGUGCCAACAGUGCAAUUUCCAUCGACUAUCAGGAGCAAGCUGCCAGCACGAUCGAUCUGAAAGUGGAUGUACAUCGGAAGAACAGUUCCGAGUCUAGUGACAGUAAUGGUGUUGGUAGCGGUUCAGCAGCGGAUGGACCCAGCAACGUUGGCAUAUUUUCAAAAGCCGUAGCACUCGGAUCGAUGGCACAAACACUACCGACGGAAACUGGCAAUAUGUCAACCCACAAGCGCUCCUUGAGUACACCCAAUCAAGGAAAGUCGUUGGAUUUGAACGCUGACAAUCAGGGCAGUGAUGGAAGGGAGAAAGCAUCGGUUGACGCAGAAGACGGUGCCGUCGGAGGCGAAACGACGAAAGAUGGUGGAAAAAAGAGUGCCACUCUGCGCAGACACCAAUACAAAUCGAAGCGGAAACAACGUUUCAUGAACAGCCAACUGCAACGACAAAUCUCUCUAGACUCGGAAAAAAUCGGCAUGGGUAUUGCGGAUGAAGCGGCCACCGGAAGUGCCCAGCUUCACAGACAUCUGAGUUCGGAUGAUCAAAACAACAAAUCAAACACCUCGCUGUUUCAUCAUCACCACCAUCACCAUCAUCUGCUAGCGCUACAGAAUCUCGAUCCCGAUCUCUAUAUGGAUCAUAGCUACACAAAGUCGGCAGUGCAGUUGGCGGUUGAAAAUAUUCCCGGAGAAACGACGAGCAAGAUCUACCAGCUGCAACAAUCAACCCCGAUUCGUCGGGAUUCGAAUAGCACAAUGUCGGCCCUGCAGUUACCGACCAUGGUGGGCAAUUCGUUCGGAGUAUCUUCGGGAAAAAAUAGACGUCAUUCGAAUGUGAAUGCGGCUGCUUCCGGGGUUCGUCCCUUACCACGGUCGCUGACGUCGGUUCGACGAAUUAAAAGUGCAGCACUGGAAACCUGUAGUCCGUCAUCGAUCUCUAAUUUGGCCCCGACUCAUCCGAACAGCGUCGAAGUGAUAGGGGGACAAACCUUGCGAAAUCCACAGCACACGGUAAUUCCUCCGCCUAGUAAAUGUCUUUCGCGGAAUCCACAUCUCAAUCUGUUUCCGAAAGCAAACGGAGAGAGCACCAUCGGGUUGAUGAUGUUGGCUUCGGUUGCGAAUGCCAACUCAUCGAAUGUUGAACCGGUUUAUCCGAUUGCAGAGCAAGCGGAUGAAAGCACUCCGGUAAAGAAUCAAUCCGAAAAACCUGACAAUUUUGAAUUAAAUUCCGACUCGGACAAUGCAGGUGAAAAUGAUGAUGAUGAUGAUGGUAAUGACAAUGAGGGCGACGAUGACGACGAUGAUGAUGACGAUGAGGAGGAUGAGGAUGACGAUGAAACUAUCGAUCGCCUUCGAGGGGUUGUCAGUGAAGGUGAAGGUGUUCAUACGAUUCACAUUCAUCGUCACCACCACCAUCACCAGUAUCCUGGCUCCUCCGCGAUAAGUCGACAGCAUUCUCAGCAAUCUAGCAAUCCACCUUCGCAGUCGCAGGCAUCACGCCAGGGCACCGGAACAGAGCUGGAGGAUGUCGAACAGGAUACUGAAUCGGAUCUCGAUCAGCCAGCACUUCAAUCGACUGAUUCCGACACGGAAAACAAUGCUGGUUCCAGAUCACCAUUGCUUGAGCCGCGAAACCGGGCCCCACCAGUGAUCGUGGAAGCUAAGAAUCCUUCCUGCAUCAUUCCUUUGUCUGAGUCUGACAUCGUAUCCAUGAAGCUACCGAAAUCAAUCGAAAUCAAAGCUAUCGAAAUGAUCAAAAAAUCCUCUACCAACACCAUCGAAGAUUCUCCGGUGAAGACAGGCUUCGAGGAAACCGGUGGUCCUUCGUCAAGCGAUUGGGAACAGGCGAGUGCCAGCUCCAAAGAUCUACUCAUUACGAAGGACCGUCCGGGACAACUGGGGAUGAGUGAAGGUGUUAUGACCAAAUCGGCAUCAGGUUCGGCGAACGAUUCAGUGCCUGGACUGGCGGCUAGUGGACAGAAUAAACAGCAAGACAAAUGGCUGGAGUAUGAUGGUGCCAUUGAUGGCGACGGGGUGGUUCCAUGGUUGCCCGGGAGGGAACCGAAAACGAUGGAAGAAAAUGCCCGAAAAGAGUUAGAACGCGAAAAAAGUGGAUCAACAUCCUCCGAUACAGCCGUUGCCAUCAGUCGCAACUUGGGUGCGAUUCCCAAGACCACUUCCAGUCGCAUAACGAACCGUCGAUUGAGUGCGGAAGAAAACUACCCCAGCACCAGCAACAAGAUCUACAACCGAACACUCUCGCAGCGACUGUCGGCGGAGCGCAUUCCGGAGAAUGCAACGGCUGCUCCGUUGAUUACCUUUCUGGACUAUCUGGUAGAAUGGGAGCCUCCGUCAUCGUGUUUCUCCGGUAACGGUUCACUUCCCGAACAGCAAAGCUCGAAUUUUACGACGUUUCGAAGGCCUAACACGUACAAUCCGGAACGAAGCUACCGACAGAUACAGUGCCGUUUGCGGAUGUCCCGAAGUAAACAUCCGGUGGUUUCGAUGGAACCAAACAGCGGCGGUGGAGCGGGAGGUCCAAGUGGCAGUAAUGGUGGAUCGUUUAUAGACGAUUACACCAACAAUUACAAUCACGGUAUGGAUUCAGUGGAUAAUACAACGAUGUUUAUCCGAAGCGUAGGUGGUUCCAGUUCCACGUUUCAUGAUCAAACAGAGGUGCCUUUAAAUUUAUUCGUAGACGAACCGGAACGCUGGGUACAGUUGAUUGAGCGAGCCACGAUAGAGGAUGCGAUCAAGGAAAGGAUGGCGAUAAGUCGUGGCGGGCCGGGUGGCGUUGGGCAUACGGGUGAUAAUAACAACACUAAGCUGAAUUCUUCCGGGAUCGAUAAAGCAAUGGCCCCGACGGAGUACAGUCUAUCGAGUGCACAAAGUGCAAUCGAUGUCGUACCGCGGUCGAUGUUUGGCGAACCGCAGAUACUACCAAAACGGUACUACAAAUUUUCCAUCAAUUUACUGUGCUUGAAGGAGGUGAACAUUUCGAUGAAUCGGUUGCAGCUGCUAGCAUUGUUCGAUCGCGAUACCAACUGGUUCCAAGUGGUGCUAUCGAUUGUGCUGUGUACGUUAGUAUCGCUGCUUGGUGCCACGGUUCUGUAUCUGAAGUUCUAUGAGGAUCUCUAUGCAUUUAUAUUUUGCUUUGUCAUUGCUGGUAGUCAGUAUUCUUUGCUGAAGAGCGUUCAACCUGAUGCUGCCUCGCCGAUUCACGGUUUCAACAAGACUGUCACCUACUCGCGGCCAAUUUAUUUUUGUCUGUGCUCUUCUUUGCUGCUAGCCGCACAUCACAUGCUACGGAACUACCAGAAAGGAAUAGAAGCAGUCAGCGAUAAGGCCGCUCUGUUCGGAUUCCAAAUUUCCAUCGUUGAGUUUCUCCAAUGUACCCAAAGUAUACUGUCGGUGGUGAUUUUACUGUUUCCGUUUUUGUUCAGCUUGGGAUUAUUUCCGCAAGUCAACACGUUCGCGAUGUACCUGCUGGAACAGAUCGAUAUGCACAUUUUCGGCAGUAACGCAUCGUGCAGCCUACUGUCAUCGUUUCUCUCCGUCCUGCGAUCAAUCCUUGCUUGUACACUGCUGUUUGGACCAGCCUAUGGUGGCCUGUCGGAAACGGGAACCCAGCAUGUUCUGUUUUCUAUGUUUUGUGCAUUUCUGAUAACGGUUUCCUACCAUCUGUCACGAUGUACCAGCGAUUUUACCUACAUUUGGGCAGUCAUCAAAUCGAGCCUUAUCGUGCAUCCCGACUACGAUGACAGUAGCAAAGAAGAUUCGAAAAUGUCCACCGAUUCGGACGAAAAUAAUAAAAUGCCCGCUGAGAGUGACCAUCAACGUUCGACCGACGAGAUACGGAAGGAUUUGGAUGAAGAAGCCAAUCGGGAAUGUACCAAGGAGUUGGAUGAUCCUCUGCCCAAAAAGCUGCAGUCCACGGUAACCGCCAGACUGAAAAACGAUGCCGUAGUUUGUGUAGUGUUGUCAAUCAUCAUCUUUAGUUUGCACUGUAGCACGAUUUUUACGGUCCUUCAACCAGACAUCAACUACGUACUUCAUACGGGGGCAUGUAUUUUGGGUUUCCUCAUUCACUACAUCGUUCCACAACUCAGGAAACAUCUGCCCUGGUUAUGUAUCGCUAAGCCCAUCCUCAAACCGAAGGAGUUUGGUCAGUUCGAAGUGCAGAACCUGUCCAAAAUAAUGUGGUUCGAAACCAUGUAUGUUGGGUUAUGCUUUUUUGAGCGUAACAUACUCUAUCCGUUGAUCUUUCUGAGUGCACUGACGGCGGACUCCGGUGCGAUCGCUCAAAAGUUUGGCCUUACGAUGGGAACGACGCUGGUUGUUGUUAGUGGAUUGAAAUGUGUUCGAAAUGCAUACUCCGAUGUUGGCAGCCAAUACAUAAUACUGAUAUUCACUGUACUAUUCUUCCGGAUAGACUACAAACUUUCCAGUGAAACGUUUUUGAUCGACUACUUUUUUGUUUCGAUUUUAUAUAGGAAAGUUAGUGAAUUUUUACUGAAGUUACAAUUCGUGGUAACUUACAUAGCACCCUGGCAAAUAACUUGGGGUUCAGCAUUCCAUGCUUUCGCACAACCAUUCAGUGUACCGCACUCCGCGAUGUUGUUUCUACAAACUGCCAUUAGUGCUCUACUUUCGACACCAUUAAAUCCAUUUUUAGGAAGUGCCAUAUUUCUCACCUCCUAUGUGCGACCGAUCAAAUUCUGGGAGCGCGAUUACAAUACUCGCCGCAUCGAUCAUUCCAACACUAGGUUAAGCUCGCAGCUGGAACGGGACUUGGGUGCCGACGAUAACAAUCUCAACAGUAUCUUCUACGAACAUCUGACCCGAUCGCUGCAGCACUCGCUGUGCGGUGAUUUGCUGAUGGGUCGUUGGGGAAACGUUAGUCAGGGCGAUUGCUUUGUUCUAGCUUCGGAUUAUCUUAACUGCUUAGUCCACAUCAUCGAGCUAGGCAAUGGGCUCUGUACGUUCCAGAUGCGUGGUCUUGAAUUCCGAGGAACCUACUGCCAACAGCGUGAAGUAGAGGCUAUUUCGGAAGAAAUUGAGGAGAAUAUUGUUUAUUCCGCGCCAGGUUGUUGCUGCUGUACCGUCGGUCAUUUGCCGCGGAUGUUGAGUGCCAAUGCUAUGUUCACAACGCGAUGGCUGGCGUGGCAGGUGAUGGCCUCCAAGUACGUUCUGGAGGGUUACUCGAUAUCGGACAACUCGGCAACGGCUACACUGCAGGUGUUUGAAUUUAGAAAAGUUCUAAUUUCGUACUACGUGAAGAGUAUCAUCUACUAUGUAAUCCGUUCACCGAAGCUUGUCAGCUGGUUACAAUCGCAGGUCAUCGAAGAAGCUUUGGAACAUACGCUCGAUCGGCAGUUUGUCGAUUUGGAUCCGGUAUUCACCCAUAAUCUGGACGACGAUUAUGAUUUCCGUUCGGCCGGAAUAACCCGGGCCAGUUUCUGGAAUGUGUAUGGCGAAUGGAUACAGUUUUGCUGCGAUAAGAAGCGUCAACAAAUGCAGGCUGCCUUAAAUGAAAAGAACACUCCAAAGAAGACACAAGAACCUACGGUGGCGAGCACUGGCGUCGGCGGCAGUGGACCAGCUACUGCUUCGACAUCCACGGCAAAUAAUGGCACUGGGAAAGCAAAUGACGGUACCGCGAGGGAUCAAGGGGAAAGCUCGGAGAAUACUGGGUUGAAGUCAACAACGGAAGGUGAGUCCACUUCGAACGGAGCUACAACGUCCAGUGCGGGAAACAAUUCCAAUGCAGUUUCUGGAAGUUCCAACCAGCAGCUGUUUUUCAAUUCGGGUCGCGAAUCUCUCGUUACUUCGCUGUGCAUGGCGUUAGCUCUGUUAGCCAGACGAACGCUGGCCACCGCAAGUCACAGUUCGUCGUGUGGGGUGGAAUUUUUUCUGCAUGGAUUGCAUGCACUUUUUAAGGGUGAUUUCCGCAUCACUUCCACCAGAGACGAGUGGGUGUUUGCCGAUAUGGAAUUGUUGCACGGUGUCGUGGCGCCGGCCGUACGCAUGUCUCUGAAGCUGCAUCAGGAUCACUUCCUGUGCCCGGAUGAAUACGAUGUGUACGAGGCACUGUUCAAUGCAAUCGACUACCACACCAAAGAGUUGGUUAUUUCACACGAAGCAGAUCCACUGUGGCGAAAUGCCGUGCUGCGGGGGACACCCAAUUUGCUUGCCUUGAGACACGUGAUGGACGACGGAUCGGAUGAGUAUCGGGUUAUAAGACUGAGUAAACGGUUUUUAAGUUUUCGAGUGAUCAAACUGAAUCGUGAAUGCGUACGUGGGUUGUGGGCCGGUCAGCAGCAAGAACUUAUCUACCUCCGGAACCGGAAUCCGGAGCGGGGAAGUAUACAGAAUGCGAAACAAGCACUUCGCAACAUCAUCAAUUCGUCCUGUGAUCAACCGAUUGGCUACCCGAUUUACGUGUCCCCUCUGACGACAUCCUAUGCGGAGACAAAUCCGCAGCUGUGCCGAAUCAUUGGGGGUGAGAUAACGCUGGAGAAAUUGCAGCACAUGAUUGUGAAAUUUUGGAAUCGUGUGAGACAACGUUGCCGCGAGGGUUGCAGCAGCGGAAGUGCAAUAAUUGAUAACGAAAUGGGUGAAUUCCAGGGAGUUUAUCCUACGCCGAACAACACACUUUCGGGCACGGCUGGGACGCUAUCCUAUGGUAGUCAGAAUAUGUCACUUUCGGGUGCCGCUAACCGAGGCAGUCUCGCAAGCAUCAACAAACCAACCAGUUCUACUUUGCUGGCUACUUUUCUGAAUCGCGAACGUGAUUCCGAGCGGGAUACGAUGCGAGAUCGGGCCGGUGUAACGAAACGAUGCAACCUGAGCAGCAGCAGUAAGGACAGAAUUGAUCGUGCUUUGGCGGUUAACAAACGGGAAUCUUUCAAGGAAGCUCUCGCCAGUGGGAGCGGAGUACAUCCGGGAGCCACCGUAGGCACCAGUGCCAGUACUAGUCUGAAGCAGCAGGAAAGUGUUGAGUCGACAUCUGGCAACGCAAAAAGCAAUAAUUCUUCGUCGAUGAAUUUGAGUAUGCCCAACACCUCCGGUCCGGUGCCAGGCCCUUCGGUGAUGUUUACUUUGUCACCACCCGGGGAAAAUUCCUACACCAUCUUCUCCAUGACGGAAGCCGUCAGCAACGAGCAGAACGAGUCCGCCUGCGCGAAGGAAAAGCUUCGGGGGAGUGAAAUCGAUGAACAGCAGUUCCAUUCGCAGUCACAGUGGAUCAAUGCACCACCGACAAUUGGAUUGAACCGAAAGGUCAUCAUAGUGGACUCUGCUCAGAUUUACGACUGCCUUGACCUGGGACGGCGCAUCGAUGUUAUUUGGCCAAACGAACAGUUUCGAAGUUGCGGGGGUCGAUCUUCCUGGAAGGACUGGCAGCCACAGGAGGGCAUGGUUGGAAACGUCAUCCACUAUUGGCAGCCAAACCAUCCGGAUCAUUAUUUCCGUUCGCACGUUAAUCGAACCAUACUGCUGUUGAAAAUCGGUGAACGCUGUGUACCGAUCGGCGAGAAAGGGGUCAAAGAGUACAACACGGUUGGUUUGGUAACUGGUGGUCAACCGUCCACGUCCACGUCCACAGCGACCAUCGGUGGUUCCGUUAGCCGUCAACCAUCACUCGAAGUGCCAUCUGUCACGGGCUCCAGCUCGGUGGGUGAUUCCGGUAGCAGAACCACUGCUGAUUCGAACGCGACACCCGACCACGAUGCAAUGCAGCUUGAAAACGUGCGCUGUGAAGAGGCUUUCAGUGAAGCACGACGAGAUGCGAACGAGCCGGACCCAACUAUUGUGUAGUAGAUUGUGUUGUUUCGAAAAUUACACUAAUCUUAAGGGUUACGUGUCGUUCAGGAAAGCCCCGGGAAAAAAUUAUAAUAUUCAAGUAAUUUCUCUACUAACUUCUAUCCAUCCUGUGAGGAACAAAAUCAAACACAUUUCCAUACAAUAGAUCGCCUUAUCAUGUUCACAACAAUACGGGAAAAAUACUGUUUAUACAUUGAUUUCGUUUGGAUGCUUCGUUUUCAAUCGGGGGGGAAUAUUUGGGGCUCUGUUUAAUAGUCAAUGUUUGUCUUGUUCUCUGUUUUUAUUUCGUUCAAAAAUGCUACGAAGCAAAAUAUAAAACCAACCAGCUCGCGAUGAUCGUUCGAUUAGUGCGAAAGAUACGAUCUUUAACGAAUGAAAUGUCUUAUGGUAGAUAGUAUGAAUUAUAGUCAGGAAAAAGCCAAUAUAAACAAAAUUGUAAAUUCGGAAUAGCGAAGAACACACAGGUUCGAAAAGUUGAUAGGAAAGGGGAGGGACUUGUUUUAUUUUUGUAUAAAAUAGUUGGUAUUGAUUUUGUAGAGUGGGUUUUAAACUAAAUUAUCUUUUAUCGCAGUAGACAUUAUUUCCAGACAUAGAAUGCGUGAGUGGGAAGGAAUGAAACGAUCGCCGAGUGAAAGUGUUGAAGCGAUAAAAUAAAUACUGCAAAAGAUGAAAAUGUGAUAACUAAAAGUAAGAAAAAAUUUACCUAUUCUAGAUUUAUUAUGAUAAAACUGAACAUGAAAAGAUCGUUAAUUUAUUCAAAACGUAUGUUGCAGUGAAACGAUAACAGAAGUUUAAAAUAUCACACAUCUAGAACGGUUUAACGAUGAAAAAAAGCUAUUACAAAUCACUCGUAGUUAGAAAUUAAUAAUUAAUAAAAAAAGAGGUUAAACAAAACUGUUAUUUAAACCGAAACAUUGCGAUUUGCGCUCUUAUUUAAUGGAGAUCUACUAGAAUAAUUACCGUUUGGAUCGAAUGAUGACUAAUAAGGGAGGAAGCUUUUUUAUUUCGACAAAAUAUAAUUCUUACCGUGUUCUCUCAGUCUUACACAGGAGGCCACCGCGAGAGGAGUGCACUGUUAAUCAUCGUCGCAUGGCAGUUAGCCUGUGAAAUGAGAGUAGGGCUAAUUUAAAAUCGAUUGAGUCUAAACGCGGGUAAACAUUGCGCAAUAAAUUGCAGACUAUUGUUUUUUAAA